AUGGCUCAUCCCAUCCACCAAGCGAAUAAGAACAGCCCUUAUGGAGACCUGACUAGAGAACAAUUUCACGAGAGACACCAGAUCUUUCAUCAGUGCAGUUACAUGUUGAACAAGCAAAAUAUGAAGAUAUGGACUCAAUUUUGGCGUCCAGAUCCGACUAUAUUGCCUAGGCUACGUGGGAUUGUUGCUAUGAUCCAUGGCUAUGCAUCAGAAAGCAGUUGGCUCUUUGAGUUAACUGCAGUAGGCAUAGCCAAAACAGGGUUUAUGGUAUGUGCACUUGACCUUCAAGGCCAUGGUUAUUCUGAUGGCUGUCCUGGUCAUUUUUCCGAUAUUCAUAUUCUUGCAGAUGACUGCAUUCAGUUCUUUGAAUCUGUUAAAAAUAGCAACCCGAGACUCCCAGCUUUCUUAUACGGGGAGUCACUAGGUGGUGCGGUAGCCAUAUAUGUCUGCCUAAAACAGCCAAGUGCAUGGAACGGAUUGAUUCUAAAUGGAGCCAUGUGUGGUAUUUCAGAGAAUAUUAAACCGAUGUGGCCUUUAGAAAAAUUAUUUCCUCUAGUUGCUUGUGCUGCACCUAAUAGUAAAAUCGGGUUGUCUCCUGGUAACAAGUCGUUCAAGGAGGCGUGGAAGAGAAAAUUGGUUAGCAAGAGUCCUGGCUAUGAUCCCAUGAUUUCAGGCAAGUCAACAGUAGCAUCAACACUGCAUUGUUUGAGAGCUUGCAGAGUUAUAGAAAGGGACUGUCAUAAACUUGAACUUCCUAUGCUACUAGUUCAUGGUGGACACGACGAAGUAUGUGACCCUGGUUUUGCUGUUAAUGUGUUCAGAUCAGCAUCUAGUACUGACAAGAGUUUGAAGAUUUUUGAAGGCAUGUGGCACAUGUUAAUCGGUGAAACAAAUGAAAGUGUGGAGACUGUGUUUCAGACUAUACUUUCGUGGAUUGAAGAGAGAGCAGACAGAGCCAAAGUUAGUUCUGCUGCGGAUUCUAUUGGUUUUCCAAGGUCAAAUUUAUGA